UCUUCCUAUGCCUCUGUGUCUCCUCGUGCCUCCCUGGCAUCCCCGUAUCUGCACAGCGACUGCGCAGGGCUGUGGGGUACCCAGUUACCCUCCCAUCGACAGCCGCGUCGUCAAUGGGGUGGAGGCGAAGCCCAACAGCUGGCCCUGGCAGAUUUCCCUGCAGUACCUGUCUAGCGGAUCCUGGUACCACACGUGCGGUGGGACCCUGAUCGACCCCCAGUGGGUGCUCACGGCGGCCCACUGCAUCUCCUCCCGCACGUACCGCGUGGCUGUGGGUGAGCACUUCCUGUCGGUCGAGGAGGGCGGAGACGAGUAUCAUGACGUGGCCCAGAUCCUGGUGCACGCCGGAUGGAACGGCAACAACGUGGCUGGCGGGAAUGACAUCGCUCUCAUCCGCCUGGCCAACCCCGUGAUCCUGAGCGACAAGAUCCAGCCGGCCUGCCUGCCCCCCGCUGGGCUGAUUCUGCCCAACAACUACGUCUGCUACGUCACGGGCUGGGGCCGUAUCGCCACUGGAGGCGCCCUGCCCGAUGCCCUGCAGCAGGCCAACCUUCCCGUGGUGGACUACGCCACCUGCAGCCAGCCCAGCUGGUGGUCGACCAACGUGAAGACCAACAUGGUCUGCGCCGGAGGAGAUGGAUACGACUCGGCGUGUAACGGCGACUCUGGCGGCCCCCUGAACUGCAUCAACUCCGCCGGCAUAUGGGAGGUGCACGGCAUCACCAGCUUCGGGUCUUCUAUGGGCUGCAACUACAUCCGCAAGCCCAGUGUGUUCACCCGCGUGUCGGCGUUCAACGACUGGAUCACCAGUGCCAUGGAAGUCUAUAGUGCCCGUGAUGGUCCCGAUGCGAUGGUCAGUUACUACUAAGCAGAUCUAAUGGAAGACGGAGCACCU